AUGCUUGAGGCAGGAGAUGGUGUCGGUGGGACGUGCCCAGGUGCACGCACUGACAGUAAGAGCUGGAUCUACAUACUCAACCUUUCCAAGGAGCUGAACGAUGACUGGACGUGGAAAGAACGAUCUCCUACCCAGCCCGAGAUGCUCGAGCAUCUCAAUCAUGUCGCAGACCGAUUUCAUAUAUGCGCGAAGAUAUCCAAUUUAAGACACGGGUGA